AUGGAAGAUGGAGAGAAGCCAGUCUUCGCGAAUGAAGAUAUCUACCCUUUGCACGCUUUGGAUAACAACCCCGAGUGGGUGGCUUGGGUUAUGCGGUUUAACGACGUGCUUGAUGCUCAAAAGUUGAAUGAUUCCCUAUCCAGGCUGUUAGAAAUUGGCGACUGGCGGAAACUCGGUGGUCGGAUACGAUGCAAGGGCAAGAACAAAUGGGAGAUUCAUGUUCAAAGAUCACCCACCAAGACAGAGAAUAUCUCUUUCUCACAUGAUUAUCAUGAUAUGGCAAUUCAAGAUCAUUCUAUUGCGAGGCAUCUCCCAAAGCAGAGUGAUGGUCCAUCAACUCAACCGAUCUUGAAUGAAUUCCGACAGUUUGCUGCCAAAACGAAGUUUCCCAAAUUCGAAGAGCUUACGAAAGAGGAUAUUGCCCCGUUAUUCUUGCAUGUCACUUCCUUCUGUGACGCGACUAUCGUAUCUUUAGUCUGGCCUCAUGUGCUGAUGGAUGCUCUGGGUGGUCAAGCCCUCCUCGCUGCAUGGUCCUCGGUUUUGGCUGGUCGAGAAGACGAGGUACCGAAUGUUGUUGGCGCACGCGAGGAUAUUCUGCAGCAUCCUUCUAUUACAGCUGAUGAUGAGGAGGAGUUUGUUCUUGAGAAGAUUCGACUGACCGGCCUCAGCUUGCUCAUUUUUAAGGUGCGAUUUUUGUGGGACAUGGUGAUGGAUGGCCCUAGAGAACGUCGAGCCAUAUUCAUUCCCAAAUCUAUCUACGAGGAAAUCAAGGCUCGGACACUGCAGGAUAUUAUCGCAAACACCCCAGAGACUAAGCCUGUCCCCUUCGUUAGCGAGACCGACAUUCUUACAGCGUGGGCGACACGUGCUAUUGCACUCUCCGAGCCGAAUUCGCGCUCUGUUGUUGUUCUGAAUUUAUUCAACCUUCGCUUCAAGAUACCAUUACUGCUUCGUUCAACCGGAGUUUUUCUCCAGAAUAUGAUCUUGGGGUCAUUCGCAUUGCUUUCCCCAAAGGUUGCUAGGGGUCCAGCCGGGCCUAUUGCAGUCGAACAUCGUCGAUAUGUAGCUGAGCAAGGAACAGAACAGCAAAGCCGGAAAUCCUUAAAGUCGAUGAUGGCAGAUAUCGAAGCAGAUCGGUCUCCGAGGAUCUUGUUCGGGAAAUCCGAUAGCAUUUGCCUGCUCUUCAACAAUCUAAUCAAAGCGGAGUUGAUGCAGGCAGCCAAAUUUGGCCCGGCAGUUAUUACCCAAGGCGAAAAGACUGAGAUGCGGAAGAAUCCUCUGGGAGCAAUGGCUAAUUAUUAUUAUGAGUUUCUCCACAAUGAUUACAAGGGAUUUAACUGUUUUUGGAUGCUGGGGAAAGACAAGGCAGAGAAUUACUGGCUUAUGGGCAAGCUCCUGCCUCGAGCAUGGGAUGUCAUUGAAGAGAAUCUGCUUGACAUGACAGUCUACCCAGAAGCCACGGGGGAAUAA